CAUGUUGUGUACCAGAGCUGCAGAGUAUGUCUUUGCACUGAGAUCGGACUGAAGUCCUCUGCAGCCGACGCUGGAGGAGACGCCCCGUUGAUGAGCGUUCCCGUCUGAGCUUUCCCCGGUGGCUGGCGGGCUGGUGCUACCAGAAGGGCUUUGGGGGUCUUUCACUUUGGCGUUGGGGGUGGGUUUUUGGGGUUUUUUGGGUUGUUUUUUUUUUUUUUUUAUUUUGGGUUUGGUUUUGUUGUUGUGCUCCGGGCACCAUGUCAAAUUCGGGCUCCCAUCAAGACACUGGGAACAAGCCAGAGACGGAAAAAAAUAACCAAGAUGACUCUCAACCCCCUGUUAAUUCCGAGAGGAGGAACAAAAGUGGAAUAAUAAGUGAACCUUUGAACAAAAGUCUUAAGAAGUCCCGUCCACUCUCCCACUAUUCCACCUUUGGUAGCAGCAGCUCGGUAAGCGAACAUUCAGAGAAAGGCAACCCCUUAGCUAAUGGCAACGAAGCGACUGUGGAUAAAAGUCAUUCUACCUCAAAGCACAAAAACAUCUCUAGUAUGCUGAGCAAAUUAGACCGGGUGUCGGAGAUCUCCUCAGAAGGACAGACCGCCCUACAACAGUUUGCUCAGUCGACAGAAAUGCUCAAAAGAGUGGUACAGGAGCAUCUUCCUCUAGCAAGCGACCACGGGACUGGUAUCUCUGACAUGGAGGCAGUCUCAGCUGCAGAGACAAUGAACGGCCCCUCUGAUUUUCCUUACCUGGGGGCUUUUCCCAUCAACCCAGGCCUUUUCAUUAUGACCCCUGCCGGCGUGUUUCUGGCAGAGAGCGCGCUCCAUAUGGCUGGCUUGGCAGAGUAUCCCAUGCAGAAUGAGUUGGCAUCUGCCAUCAAUUCGGGGAAAAAGAAACGGAAAAGAUGCGGCAUGUGCCCGCCCUGCCGAAGACGGAUAAACUGCGAGCAGUGCAGCAGUUGUAGGAAUCGCAAAACUGGCCACCAGAUUUGCAAAUUCCGAAAAUGUGAAGAACUCAAAAAGAAGCCUUCUGCAGCACUGGAGGUAACCGGCCCCUCUCAGGCACCCUAACCCCUCCUCGGGCUGCGCUCCUGGGUUCGGAUCUUGCCCUAGAUAAUAAAACACCUGGUACUUC